GGAAGGGACGAGAGCAUCUGUCUAUGUCAUGGUGGGCCCAUAGAGGGCGCCACGUGGGCCCCACCCUUGUGCCGGCGCCGGAGGAGAGCUAGCUAGCUCGCUCGCUCAUAACCAACCACCCAACUCGAGUCGAUCGAUUACUCGAUCCACACCAUAUCGAUCUCCCUCCUCUCCUCUCGCUCGCUCGCUCUCUCGUCUUCUUCCUCUCUUCUUCUCCAGCCACAGGCGCCAUAUAGUAGCAUAUGCUCCUAAGCUAGCUUGUUAUACCAGUUACGUCGUCGUCGUCGUCAUCAUGUGCUAUAGCUAGCUCCAAACAAAACUUGGAGAAUUUGGAGCGUACGUGUACUAGCUAGUAUAGAUUGCAGCAGCUAGCUAGCCCAGCAGCAAGAAGACGAGGAGAUAGCUGCAGUCUCGUUUUUGGCUUUUCGAAUUUAUUAUAACCCCGGUCGUGCAAAUCGAAGAGGAUUGGAAGUCAGCUGGUAGACUAGCUAGCGUCCAAGAUACACAUACUACUAUCGAAGAGUGUGACUUAAUUGGAUUGGAUUAAUUCCAUGCCUAUCUUCUUCUUCAGCCACAAUUUAACAGAACAAGACAAUUAGUCUAUCAGUGGUUUGAGCUGAUUAACUAUCAUCAGAGAUAGAGAUGGCAGCCGCCUCGUCUGCACACUACUUCGGUCUCGGCGAGCCGCAGAUGCAGCAGCAGCAGCAGCAGCCUCCCCUGCAGAACAACGCGGCUGCUCCGGUCGCGGCCACGCCGCCGCCCAAGAAGAAGAGGAAUCAGCCCGGGAAUCCAAAUCCUGAUGCGGAGGUGGUGGCGCUGUCGCCGCACACGCUGCUGGCGACGAACAGGUUCGUGUGCGAGGUGUGCAACAAGGGGUUCCAGAGGGAGCAGAACCUGCAGCUGCACCGGCGAGGGCACAACCUGCCAUGGAAGCUGAAGCAGAAGAACCCCAAGGAGACGCGGCGGCGGGUGUACCUGUGCCCGGAGCCGUCCUGCGUCCACCACGACCCGUCGCGAGCCCUCGGCGACCUCACCGGCAUCAAGAAGCACUACUCCCGCAAGCACGGCGAGAAGAAGUGGAAGUGCGACAAGUGCAACAAGCGCUACGCCGUCCAGUCCGACUGGAAGGCUCACUCCAAGACCUGCGGCACCCGCGAGUACCGCUGCGACUGCGGCACCCUCUUCUCCAGGAGGGACAGCUUCAUCACCCACCGCGCCUUCUGCGACGCGCUGGCGCAGGAGAGCGGCAGGAUUAUGCCACCCAUGGGCGCCGCCCUGUACGCCGCCGCCGGCGCCGGCAUGGCCAUCGGCGGCCUCACCGGCAUGGCCGCCUCCCACCAGCUCCAACCGUUCCAGGACCACUCCUCCGCCAUCACCACCGCCGCCAACGCCGCCGCGCAGUUCGACCACCUCAUGGCCACGUCGUCCGCCGCGGCCGGCUCCCCUGCGUUCCGCGCCGCGCAGCCGACGUCGUCGUCCUCCUCGCCGUUCUACCUCGGCGGCGGCGGCGACGACGGACAGGCCCACACCUCGCUGCUCCACGGCAAGCCGGCGUUCCACGGCCUAAUGCAGCUGCCGGAGCAGCAGGGGAGCAAUGGCGGCGGCCUCCUUAACCUGAGCUACUUCUCCGGCGGGAACGGCGGCCACCACCACCACCACCAGGAGGGACGACUCGUCUUCCCGGAUCAGUUCAACGGCGUCGCCGCCGGGAACGGCGCCCGCGCCGGCAGCGGCGAGCACGGCAACAGCGGUAACAACGCCGACUCGGGGAGCAUCUUCUCCGGGAACAUGAUGGGCGGCGGCGGCGGCUUCUCGUCCUUGUACAGCUCGUCCGACCAGACCGUCCCGCCGCCGCAGAUGUCGGCGACGGCGCUUCUCCAGAAGGCCGCACAGAUGGGCGCGACGACGAGCAGCGGCGGCGCCGGCAGCGUGAACUCGCUACUCAGAGGUCUCGGAAGCGGCGGCGGCGGCGGCGCUCUGAACGGUAAGCCCGCCGGAGCAGCCGGGUUCAUCAUGUCCGGGGAGAGCUCGUCGAGGAGCACUGCUUCUCAGACGGCGGAGAACGAGAGCCAGCUCCGGGAGCUGAUGAUGAACACGCUCUCGGCGACCGGGGGCGGCACCGGCGCCGGAACGGUGUUCGUCGGCGGCGGCUUCCCCGGCGUGGACGACGGCAAGCUGAGCACGAGGGACUUCCUCGGCGUGAGCGGCGGCGCGCCGGGGCUUCAACUGCGGCACGGCGGCGCCGCCGGGAUGGGCAUGGCCGGCUCACUGGACCAAGAGAUGAAGUAAUUAAUUAAUUAUUAUAUUAAUUAACCACCAGAUUAUUAGGGUUCAUCGAUGCAUCAUGCAAGCAUGGAACUAGCUAAUCAAUCGAUCGAUCGAUGAGAUGAUCAAGUUAAUGGUGGAUUAAUGUGGUGUUUUGAUUAUUUAAUUUAGGUGGAUCAACUGGUGAUAAUGCAUGUUAAUUGUCAAUGACUGAUCAGUCAUGCAUGCAUGCAGUGUAGCUUCUUCUCGUUCUAGAGAGAUGAUGGAUGAAGCUAGCCACGCAAGCCAUCAAAAAUAACACCGAAUUAAGGCCGAACCAAAUCCAAUUUGAUGUUCAAUUUGUAUGUGAUGUGGCUACAAAAUUUAAUUGAAUCUGGCUGGGAUUUAAUUUGUACAUUUA